UAUUACCCUUCAUAAAGAGUUGUCAGAAUUUAUUAUACCAAGGAACUUUUAUAAUGAACUUGAAAAAACUUUACAAAAAAAUAUAAAUGUUGGUUAUAUGCAUUUGCAAACCAAUACUCUUGACGAAAGUUCGUGGGUUCCAUUAUUGCCAGGAUUUAAUGAACCUACUAUUAUAGCAAUUUUACAAAACACAGUUCGUAAUGUUUACAAAAAAGAUUCAGUUGUUAGUGGAAUCAAAUUGGAAGAAAAUGGAAAAUGUCUCUCUCCAAAAUCUACACAAGCUCUUAUACAACUCCAAGAUGAAAGUUCCAAUUUGAAUAAUAAUAUUGAUCAAAACGAAAAUUUUGAAAGAAUAAGAAAGGAAGUAGAUAAUAUCUUGGAUGAAAAGAAAUUGGGGUCAACAAUGUUAAUUAGUUUUAAUGUUACAAUUGACGUGAAUUGUCAAUUAUGUGAUACAAUGGAUUCAUAUUCUAAUCAAUCCAAAGGCGUCAAUUUUUCACAUCUAGUUGCAGCAGUGAUUUUGGCGGGUGGUAUUAAUCAUUAUGCUAUGCAAAUUGUAUUAGUGGUUAUAGGUAUUACUACCCAAAGUUGCAAGCGAUCAUAUCAUCAAUAUCAAUCUCAAAUGUUUUCUGAAAUUAUAUUAAGUGCUAAAGAAUCUGCUAGACAAGCGUUUAAUGCUGCUAUAGCUUAUGCUAAUACAAAAGAAAAAAAAGUUUUGACUAUUGGAAUUGACUAUUCUUGA